AUGUCUACCGGCUCCGCAAACGAUGAACCAUUUGACAUAGUCUCCGUGGGCUUUGGUGCUUCGGCCCUGUCAAUCGCCAUUGCUAUGCGCGAUCGGGGUGUACAAUCGCGUGCCCUUUUCUUGGAACGGCAAUCUGAAUUCGGGUGGCAUACGGGCAUGUUGAUCCCGGGGACCAAGAUGCAGAUUUCCUUCUUGAAAGAUAUGGCAACGUUGAGGAACCCACGAUCCCACUUUACGUUCCUGAACUAUCUGCACACAAAGGGAAGACUAGUUCACUUCACAAAUCUCUCGACGCAUACUCCCUUCCGCGAGGAAUUCAACGAUUAUAUGAAAUGGUGCGCUUCGCAUUUCGAUGAUUGGGUGAGAUACGACCAGGAGGUUAUGAGCGUAACGCCGGUUGAAUCACGGCCCGGCUGGCCUAUCGAGUUAUUCAAGGUGGUGGUCGGCGACAGACAAACUGGCGAGGUGAGAGAGCUAUAUGCUAAGAACGUCGUGGUCGCUACCGGCGGCGAACCAGCAAUUCCUCAAUGUCUGUUAAAGGAUUGUCUCUACAACACUGUCGUCCAUUCGUCUGCCUACCUUAACACUGUCCCCCACCUGCUCAAGGAACAGGCCGCUGAAUAUCGCGUUGCGGUUAUUGGAGGAGGUCAAAGCGCGGCCGAAAUAUGCGAAGACCUCGCGUCGAGAUACCCAGCAUCCAAGAUCAAGCUGGUCACCAGAGGCACAUCUUUACGGCCCAGUGACGAUAGUCCCUUUGUUAAUGAGAUAUUUGACCCUGAGAGCGUCGAUAGUUUCUAUUCACUCUCUUCGUCCCGACGCCAGCAGCAGCUCAAAGAAAACAAGGCAACAAAUUACAGUGUCGUUCGGUUACCACUACUGGAAUCUCUCUACGAAAAGUUGUACCGCCAGAAGCUGCUGAACCCGGAUCCGUCUACAUGGCCACUCCGCUUGGUGACGAACAGGGAGCUGUGUGGCGCUAAGAAGGUUAUAUCCAACGGAAAAAACCAAGUUGAGCUCCAGUUUAGAAACACCGAAACAGGAGAGAAUGAGAUUUCCAGCGAAAAGUAUGACUUGGUGGUCCUUGCAACCGGAUACAGACGCAACCCGUUUAAUUCCAUCCUGAAGCCGUUGAACUCGGUUCUAGAAACUGGGCCUGCGGGAGAACAGUUCUGCGUGGAUCGGAACUACCAACUACGCUUCCUUCCCGGUAAAGUGAAACGGGACGCUGGAAUCUGGCUUCAAGGGUGUUGCGAAACUACCCAUGGAUUACUAGCUAAGCGACAGCCUUCUAUCUAUAUUGGCAGUUCGCGGCUCCGAGCUCCUCGAUUCCAUCCUUGCAAACCGUAG